AUGAUCGGUGAGUCCUUCCAUCAUGAAUUGGUUUCGAUCUGAGUCAAUUCAGAGACGAGCAAGUUCUCCUUCUUCCGGAAAAAGCCUAAAGAAGUGAAGUUGGACGUGAAUGGGAAUGGCUGUGUUCAUCCUGAAAGUAAGUCUCUGUUUGUCCAUCUGCUCUUCCUGAUUGCUCCGAUUCCAUUCGCUUCCCUCCAACCUUUCCUUCGGUCUUUUUGUUUUUCUACUUGUAUCAUAUUUCCGAUUCCACCUUCUCCGUCCCGCAUUAUCACCUUUUCCUUUGGACUUUCAUAGUCGCGUGCUCCCCCCGGAAAGGACCACUCGAGACCCAAGGACCCUUUAUUUAUAUGGCAAUGAUGCUUCAACUCGCAUUCUCCUUCUUUUCAAAUCGAUAACCCUUAGCUCCAAUAACUUUGCUCCGAUUCGCACCCUCCUCUGAUCAUUCCUAGCUCGAUGUCUCACCGGAUUCCGCGCUCUUUCCCCGAAAGUUUCAAGUGGUCCACAGUCGGCAGCCGACGAUAAUAUUUGUGUUGCUCUUCUCUCGUCGGCUCGGCUCCGCACACCGUAUAUCCUUCCAAUUUUUUUAAUACAUUUCGCCUGUGUUUUUUUGAUAUUCUUUUGUUGGCGUUCCAUCGAAACACGCUCCGAGUCAUCCUUCAUUCCAUCCUCUACAGUCUGUUGGUUUCGUUUUCGUCCUUUUCGAAUUGCCAAUUUUCGUUGACAAUCUCUUUCCAUUCCAUUUGAUUCCAGUUCCUGCACAUUCCGACUCUGUUUAUAAAAGUUACAUAAUUUAUUACAUUUUAUUUCAGUAAGUGAAACAAGUGAAGUGCUCGAAGAUCCGAUGGCGUCGGUUUCGAUCCGAGUUCGAAACGAAGACGGAGAUGACUUUGUCGUUUCCCCCAGUGACGUCGUCGAUAAUAUCAAUGAGGUACCUCCUCUUCGGAACCAUUCCCCAUUGCGAACUGUACUUCAGAUAAACUCUCGUCGGAGCAGUCGACGAGACUCGACUCCUUCGUCUUCAAUCCGAAGAAGCCGUCCGUCGUCGGCCUAUUUCACAGAGAACGGAGAACCGAUCGAGGGAAUAACGCGGGUAAGUGAGGGGAAUAAGAAGAUAGGAAAGUGAGACAGGCGGUGGAAGAGAAAGUUCAGCCGGCGAGGAAAAUAAAGAGCAUGGACCACAUUAUGAUGCGACUGUUCAAGCCGUCGAAGGUGCGUAUCUGUUCGCCACCUGAUCCAUCAAUGUUCUUGUCCGUCCGUCCGUCCGUCUGACUGAUAACUGAUGAGUGACGUGUCUGUGUGGCUUCUGGGUGGCUGUCUGUGAAGUGCACUGUGCAAAAGUGAAACAUUAGAAGGACAAAACCUGGCGUUUGCAGGCAAGGAAAUCGAAGAGCGUCCGAGAUGCGGAGCCCGGAUUGAGAUCAAUGUUGUACGGAUUAUCACAGAGACAGUGAGUGAAAAGAGAAUCGAAAGAAGGUGGAAAUGAACGAGUUUCAGGGAGAAGGAAGAGGCCGAGGCAAAAAAAUUGGCAAAGAAAAUGAUAAGUGAGUUGGUUUGAGGGGGAACGAGCACUCUGGGAACACACAAACACACAAGAGAUCAUAGGGAGCAAGUGGUUAACAUCAAGAGCAUGAUUAGAGUACGGUGGGGAAUCAAAGUAGAAAUGAUUCGGAAUGAAACACGAACAAGAGUCGAUCAAAAUUCACCAGGGACUGUUUGAUCGGGGAGAAAUCCGUUGCAGCUGUCCAAAUUAGACUGAUUUCUCACGGUUUGCUCGAAAGCACUCUUCGAAGAGCCUUCUUUUUCCAACCAAUUCCUCAAAACCAUCCGAACAAACGUGGCCAGCGGUCUUCGCACUCGCCUCCACAACAUCUAAUAUUUGCCGUUUGUGUUACGUGGGAACGAUGGGGAUCAUGUCGUCUUUGUUGUUUCCCUCCUUCCUCUUCCUUUCCUUGUUCCAUUCCCGCUUAUCACCCGACUUCUCUGUUUGUGUUCGAAAUUGUAAGCGAGCAGUAGGAUGCGCACUUGACGCAUGUCUACAGUAACCGGCGAGACACCGUGCCCUGCCAGAGAGACGCAGACUUCGGGGACGAAGAGCAGCAGAUUGUCAGCAAUGAGUAGUAUUAACCGGCUGCCAAUCACUUGCUCGACACGCGAUGGAUUGUUUUGGCUUGAAAUUCAAGAAGAAGAAGAAAGCGACGACGAAGGAGCAGGAGGAGCCGGAGAAGGAAAAGCGGCGGAAGCCAUCGCCAUGUCUGCGUAUUCAUAUUUCACUUCUGAAUUCGUUGUCGAAGUGGCUCGACAGGAACAUCAACGAGCGAACCGCUUCAAGGACAACACAACAGCUUGUGGACACUAUCGGAUACGGUAA